AUGUAUCUUCGAGAGGCCCACGCUGAGCCAGUCAUCCGCUCACUUUUGGAAUUCGUCCAAAAAAACCCUCUUGGCUUGUUGACAACCGCUAUACCCUCGUCAUCCACCCACUUCAUUCAGACGAGCCAUAUUCCAUGGGUGCUGGAUAUCAUCUCGGACGAUACCAAUGCACCCAUCAAAGGGCGGCUCCGAGGGCAUAUGGCCAAACAGAACCCGCAAGCCAAGGCCAUGAUUGAGCUGCUCACAGCACCCGACUCUCCCUCAACAUCACGCCUACAGCAAGAAGUUCAGGUCCUCUUCACCGGGUCUCAUAAUCACUAUGUCACGCCCAAGUUCUACACCGAGACGAAACCGAGCACUGCCAAGGUGGUUCCCACCUGGAACUACGCGGCCACCCAAAUCUAUGGCAAGGCCACUGUGUAUCAUGGGUCAUCCCCCGAGGCGUCCGAAUAUCUCUCCAAGCAGAUCCACGAUCUGAGCCAAUUGUGUGAAAUGUCUAUUAUGGGGUACACAGGCAAAGGAGAUAACCCGGGCCCAUGGAAAGUAACGGAUGCCCCGGAGCGAUACAUUGACAUCAUGAAGAAGAACAUUGUGGGUAUUGAGGUGGAAAUUGAGGAUAUUGGUGGCAAGUUUAAGAUGAGCCAGGAAAUGGGCCUCGGUGACCGCCGAGGUGUCAUUGACGGGUUCAACAGACUGGGGACUGACACUGGUAAGGAGAUUGCCUGUCUAGUGGAGGAGAGAGGGAGGAUGAAGGAUGAAGCAAAGAAAUCAAAGAGCUAA